GUAGGUUUUUGUGCCACCUACCAGUAGCGCGAGAAGAGCAAGGACAAAGAUGGAUAUUCACGAUUACACGCUACGUAGUUUUACUAAUCUUAAUGUAGAUAUUCCGCACCACGUGGAGACAUAUUCUCAUUACAUUCUUAUGAUUGCCUUUAUGCUGUCAAUUUGAGCGUUAGCUUCGCUAAUCCUUGCAAGAAAAAUACAAUAUGAAAACAGAGUGACGCGACAGUCGCCAUACAUCAACCAUACUAACGAAGCGUCUAGUUUGCGCGGAACCUUCUAGGACGAGAUGAAAGGCCGGACUGAUGCCCCUCAGGACAGGGGCUGGUUGGUGGGGAUCAUCUUCUUCAUCCUGGGCCUGGGGACUCUGCUGCCAUGGAAUUUCUUCAUGACUGCAUCCAUGUAUUUCAACAACCGACUCAAUACCACAGAAUGGAACAACGGAACGGUCACCGUUCGCAAAGAGUACUACUUCAACAACUGGAUGACCCUGCUAUCCCAGCUUCCCCUGCUGCUGUUCACACUCCUCAACUCCAUCCUGUAUCAACGGAUAUCGGAGAAGAUGCGCAUCGCCGGCAGCCUGGUCAUCAUCCUCAUCCUCUUCAUCUUCACGGCCAUCCUGGUCAAGGUUCCCAUGCAGGAGGACAGCUUUUUCUCCGUCACCAUGGGAACCAUCUGGUUCAUCAACUCGUUUGGCGCCAUUCUGCAGGGCAGUCUGUUUGGCCUGGUGGGUCAGCUGCCUCAGAAGUACAGCGCCGUCUUCAUGAGUGGCCAGGGCCUGGCCGGAGCGUUUGCUGCCAUCGCCAUGCUGCUAGCCAUAGCCAGUGAUGCGGACUCUGAGUCAGCUGCUCUGGGCUACUUCAUCACUCCCUGCGCGGGGACACUGGUGACACUACUGAGCUACCUGGCUCUGCCUCGCCUGGAGUUUGCCCAGUUCUACUUGGACAAAAGUAGGAGCUACGAGCUAGGGGCUACUGCUGGACUGCUCAGAGAGAGUGACGCCGUAGAGAACGGCAAGGGGAAUGGCCAUGCCAGCAGCGCAACGGCUAACGGCGGCGUUGAGGCUGAGGUGGAGGGCGCGGCGGGGGACGGUGGAGGCAGGCAGGCCUUCCUGGACAUGGAGAUGGAGGACAAGAAGCUGUCCGUCAUGGAGGUCUUCAAGCAGAUCUGGGUGAUGGCGUUUUGUGUGGUGUUUGUCUUCAUUGUCACCCUGUCCGUGUUUCCUGCGGUAACUGUGGAUGUUAAGACCAUCUUUCCUGGAAAUUGGGAACGCUACUUCAUUUCUGUGUGCUGCUUCCUCAUGUUUAACGUCAUGGACUGGAUUGGACGCACUGUCACCACCCUGGUUCAAUGGCCCCCGAAGGAGAGUAUUCUGUUCCCGGCGUUGGUGCUCUCCAGGGUGGUGUUUGUGCCCCUGCUGAUGCUCUGCAACGUCCAGACGCGCUCCUACCUCCCCGUGUACUUCCCCCACGACGUGGCCUUCACCGCCAUCAUGAUGCUGUUCUCUCUCUCCAGCGGAUACUGCGUCUGCCUCUCCAUGUCCUACGCGCCCCAGCUGGUGAAGCCCAAAGAUGCGGAGACGGCUGGAGCUCUGAUGACCUUCUUCCUGGCCUUGGGGCUGUCCAUAGGGGCGGCCCUCUCCUUCCCCCUGAGGGCUCUGGUGUAGGCGGCUCCAGCCCUCUGUCUGACCAUCUCCACCCCCUGCAGUGACAAGCCGUGCCCCAACACCAGGGGGAAAUCUGCCCGCCACCAUCUUUCCACCCAAGACAGACCCAGACCUAGAUGGACCUAGUUGCUUUUAGGUUAGAUAGCUUUGGCCUCGACGUGCUGUGGAAGCUAAGUGACUCUGACUAAGAACAAAGAUACCUUUUGUUAUUUUUUAUCUGAUCGUUUGUCUCAAUGUUUUCUGUACACUAAUUUGUGUGCCGUGUUUUGCUAGGUUUAGUUCCGUAGGUAUUAUUUGGUAGGGUAUUCCUUAUGUCUCAUCUUGCUGUACAAGCUUAAGGGAAAAGUUAUUUAUUUUUUCACAAAUGGAAAUCAAUAUCACUCUUCUGAACUCUACCAGGGUGUUUUCCUUCAUGAAUGGAAGAUUUCAUUUGACUGUAUGAGACUUCAUUUUGGUUUAUGAAUUUAGCAAACUGACAUGCAGUAAGUGAAUACAGAUUUAUGAAUUUAGCAAACUGACAUGCAGUAAGUGAAUACAGAUAAGACAACAACAUCAUAUCUCAGGUACAACAUUGUAUCAUUUCUCAAGAUGAGAGUCUUCGCACCUUGUCGAAAGGUUGGCAGUCACCAGGAGGUGGGUGAGCAGGCACCUUCGUUGUGGGCUCGGAGCCUGAGGGGUCCCCACUCCACGGAAUACCCUAGUCGGGUGUAGGACCCGGGUGUCGUGGAGGUGUGUGUGCGUGUGUGUGGGGGGGGCGGCGUCCUGUUGGCCGCAGCUAAAGUAAGAGUCUGGUUAAGGAAGGUUCGGCAGGAGCUAAACCAGGAGAGCACUGUUCCAGGGAUGGAGAGGAGAUGACCCGGCCAGAUGGCGCAGACAGUCCUAGGAGGAUCAGGAGAGGGCGUACCAAGUAUCUGCCUGGAGAGCCGUGUGUGUUUUAAAAAAUGGUUUGUUCCUAAUUAAAAAGGGAGUGAGGUUAACAACAGCCUGUGUCAGAGUUUGUAUAUAAAUGAGAGAUGCCUGUCAGAAGUGGUUGACAGAUGGGUCCAAUGUUGGAUAGCAUUCCAUGACGAGUUCAGACUACGCUACUCUAAUGGCCUGUAAUUAAAAGGCAAUGUAUAGGGUAUUUUUGUCUAAUGCAAGUACUGAGCAAAUCAUUACUGCUGAGAAACUUAACAUGAGAGGACAACCUUUUUGUUUGAGUACAACAAAGCAGUCUGCAUUCAUAUUUUUUAAUCUGCCUUGUAUUUCUCUAAAGACAGCAGAUGAGCUCUAAUCUGUACUCAGAGGUUUUUGUCUAGAACACCUGUCAUGGAAUUCUCUCCACUCCAAUGAGAUGUUAGCUUUUUUAUUAUAACAAAGUUGCGGUGACGGCACUCGGUAUUGAAAGUUUUAUUUUGUGUACAUAUAUAUUUUUACAUUCUCUUUUCAUUGUGGAAUACAGAUCUAUCCACGAUGUUCUGAAUGUUUGACAUUCAGUGAGCGCACCCCUAGCUGCACCUCUCAUUGGGAUUUACUAGUUAAUCACCUAGUAGUACUAGAACUGGAAUUAAAGACAGGAUGUAAAGGGUUGGAUGUCUUGACUCAACCUGUCAUGAGCUGUUUUGUUUUACUCUGGUUUCAGGCUAGUGAGCUUGACAGUAUUCAAACCCACAUCUUCCUUCCGCUGUACACCUGGAACUCACACUUUAGGUUAGGAGAAUGACUCCUUCCAGGUGUUGGGUAUGGCAAUUGUUACAAAGAAAUGGGUACUACUGCAUUUGGAACCGUAGCAAUCUGUUCUAGUAACAUGUUACUUUGACGCAUGUUAUCCCCCCCAAAAUACUCUUGGCACAAUUCUUAAGCGAUCAUGAAUUGGUGUAGACUCUUGUGAGACUACAAAUUUGGGUUUUUAGUAGAGCCUGACUGAUUUAUCGGCGGGCCAAUAUUGGGCAUUUUCCAAACUAUCGGUAUUGGCAUUUAUAAUAGCCGAUAAAUGAAAUGUAUAUAUGUAUAUUUUGCCAGAACAAACGUGAACAAACAUUCAAGUGUGUGUGUGUGUGUGUAUAUAUAUAUAUAUGAACAGUCAGAUAGUCAUAUCAUAAAGACAAUAUUGAAGUAAAAUCAAUAACAAAAAUUAAAAAUAUAUACACAGAAAUAUAUACAGAUAAAUGAAUAUUAAAAAAACACAAUAAAAACGGACUAUAUAUAUAUAUAUAUAUAUAUAUUUUGAUGUUACUCUGUUCUGUGUGACAAUUUUAAAACUGCAUUAUCAUAUUAUUUUAGUAAGGACUCUUAAAUGACUACAAAUAACUAAUGUUAGGGAAAUCUGUUUGUUUUGUUAUGCGUUUCUGGAUAAAAUAUAUAUGUAUAUAUAUCGGAUUUUUAAAUCCACAAAUAUUGUUAUUGGCCUUGAACUAGAAAUGUUGCUCUCCAAAAAAGUGGCAGGUGUUCUGUAUUUUGAAGUGCAGUUGGUGUGAAUUUUGUUGGCUGCCAUACAAGAGUAAGAUAUUGGUUUUCACCUGAUAAAUACUAAAACAUAUUAUUCAAAGUUUUCUCAGGUCUGUGUAUUUAAACCAGUGCUAAGUAGCAAAGGUUUUAAUACAAAGCCCUGAACAGAAAACUCAAAUAAUAGUCUGCGACAUCUGUAACUUUGUUUCGGGCCUUCCCUUUUUGAGACAACAGAUGUUUCAGUCCAGUAUUUUCUACCCCAAAAAAUGUAAAUGGAUUCCCAUUGUUACAAAUAUGAAGAGCUGCUAAAAUGAUUAAUGUUCAUGGACAUACUCGUUUUUUGGUAAAGCGAUGCAGUUGUACAUGUAUUCAUUAUUUUAACCAUACUGACACAAACUAUACACAUGGUUUUUUAACUAACUGUAUUUUUUUUUUCUCGUUUCCCCCCACAAAUCUACCUAGUUUACUGACUUAGAAUUAUAAAAGUUUGCUUUUAGGUUAGUUUAAUCGAUCAAAUUGUGAGUUUUCUUGACUGCAGUGAAUUUGAAUGGUGUACUCUUGAGGGAUGUACAGUAAAACGAGGUUGUGUGUGUGUGUUGUUGGUAUUGAAAGUAUGAACCUUAGGGUUUAUAAGGGCUUGAACCUGUACUGAGCCUGUUCAAGAAGCCAAACCCUCAAGAUGAAACAGGAAAUAUUGGUAGUGGUCCAAUCCUGAGACAUCUACAACGAUGACUUGGCAGUUUAGCAGGGGUUGUUUCUGGAUAAGGCUUGUCUGUGUUGAAUCAGGACUUACGGGAAACCAUUGAGUGACAUAUCUACUUUUGAGAUACAGAUUUGCCAUGCUAUGUUGUGAAACCUUGAUGUCAUAAAAUGCAAGAUGGGUCCCCAGGUGAGACACAGCAGAGUAUUGGAUCUGAAAAGAUGCAGAUUAAGAUUUUUCAAGAACUAGGAAGCACAUCAUUCAGAUGUGAGUUUUAGCCUACUUUGACUGUGUACAGGAAACUGUCUUUACCCGACGAGGAAGUUGGACCAAAUGACGCCGAUAUUUAUUUUUGUUUAUUUUACCACUCAGUUUUGAAUAUGGAUGACAUCAGAAUAACAGUACUUGAAUUAUUAGGUUUGUAUAGUCAGCAAUAGUAUAGAGGCAACUUGAUUGUAAUUAAGUCUGGAAAUUGAUGGCUUUGAUACCUGUUCACGUUUCUUUUUUGUUCAAUUAUAUGAAGCACACACAAGGUUAAUAUAACAUUUCCAUACAAUUGGAUAUACCAUCCUAUAUAGGGGUGAUAGAGCUCAGUUUAGUCUUAAAUGAUACAGCAAAGUUACAUUCAAGACAUAACAUUCAAUGUAGCUUUGUGUUCUUUCUCACAAAAAAGUUGCCAAUGAUCUUGAUGUAAUCUGUUUCGUAUUGUUGUAAUCUCCAUGGAUGCAACCAUGGAUCUGGACUUCUAGAUGGAUAAUGAUUGUACAUUUUUGAUAGGUAAUAAAAUGAUGGCCAUGCAUGUACUGUAUGCGUCUUCAUAUUGUGUGACUGGCUGGACUUUAGAAAUUGAUUUGAUAUAAUAAAAUUUAAAAAUUAUACACGUGUAAUGCAUCUUGUUUUUAAACAGUGACUAAACACUGGAUAGCAGAGCAACAGAGCAAUGGUUGAAGAAAAUGGAAUCCCAAAGAUUUGAAGAAUGUAUGAUUAAAAUUCAGUGUACUUAUGUACAGUAAAACCUCGGAUAUACUACUUCAUCGUGCCAGUGCUCUGCAAAGGAUUGUGGGUCAGAAUAGCCUGAAAAGCAUGCAGUCUUGUGUACUGUGUGGUCUCAGCAGUGUGGCUAUGACAAUCCCCCCAAAAAUGUGUGUUGUUUUUGAUGGUUUCAUUAUAUCCCAUUUAUUUGGAAUGGAUGAAACAAUAUGUAUUAAACUGUUUAUGGUCUCAACCUAUUGAUGAUCGGUACAGGAUUGUUUCAUCAUCCUUUCCAGAUACAUUGAAUCAAAUGUUAGUCACUGAGUUAAAACACAUUAUAUACAGUAAAGAUAACCAAUAGGCUUAGACUAAACAGUUUGUCAUCUUAUUCUCUGUAGAAAAAUACCAGCAUUUAAAAGAAUGUUUUAUCAAUUCAGAUUAAUCAUAUCUAAUGAUGAAAUAAUCAAUUUGUAGUACGUGGUCAUUAAGCUGCAUGUGAAAGGUCAUCAUUUGGGUUAUUAAACAAAUGUCGAUGAACAGACGAGAUGUAUCCCAUUUUAUUUAAUAAAAAAACAGCAGUCAUGUCAUUAUCACCUGUUGUGGCUAUACAGGUAAAGGGGUGUCUAUGGUUAACUGAGCUAGUAGUUGUCAUUCUGUCAUAAGAUGAAAAAAGCAAGAAUGGAAAAAAGAAA